AUGCGAACAGAGGAAGAACGACUAGUGAAAAUUUCUGAUGAUACAGAAAUUCCUAUUACAAUUUAUACACCAGUUGACGCGAAGAAGGAUAAAAUGGUCGUAUAUUUUCAUGGUGGAGGAUGGACAAUUGGCAGUCGUAAGACACAUCAAACAAUUGUGAACAUCAUUGCUGAUGCAACAAAGUCCAUCUGGAUUUCAGUUGAAUAUCGCCUUGGACCGGAAUACAAGUUUCCAAUUUGGUUGGAUGACGCAUGUGAAGUCACUCAACACAUCCUUGCUAACAAGACUUCAUAUGGUGGUGAAGAAAACACGAAAGUUGGUGUAGCAGGUGAUAGUGCUGGCGGAUUAAUUGCUGCGUCAGUUUGUCAUACGAUUAAAAACCUUGAUUUUCAGAUUCUUGUCUAUGGUGCAUUUGAUUUCUCUGGAAGUACCGAUUCAAGCAAAGAAUUCGUUAAACCUGAACAUGUUCUAGUGCCUGCAGUAAUCGAUUGGUUUAGUUCGAAUGCUUUACGCGAUGCCAGUGACAAGACCAAUCCUCGUGCAUCUGUUUUGCUUCAGGAAUCAUUUAAUGGUUUACCGCCGUGUUUAUUCAUUGUCGCAGAACUAGAUCCAUUACGGGAUGAUAGCUAUGCAUACCAGAAAAAACUUGAACAAGCUGGAGUUAAAACACAAUUUGUAUUGGUCAAAGGCGUCAUUCACUCGUUCUUCAGUUUACCAGGAAUAUAUGAGCAAGCCACUCAGCAGGCAGUUCAAGGUAUAAAAGAAUUCAUGGAUUCUCUUUAA